AUGGCGGACAGCGCAAGCGAGAGCGACACCGACGGAGCUGGGAGCAGCUCGGCCACCCCGAUGUCGUCCUCCGCUUCAAAUUCGGGGAAACCGAGCAUAGUCAUUUCACAGUUUCGUUUGGAGGAAUUGACGAACCGCCUGGCCUCCCUACAGCAAGAAAAUAAAGUUCUUAAAAUUGAGCUGGAGACGUUCAAACUCAAGUGCAAAGCCCUGCAGGAGGAGAAUCGGGACCUCCGCAAAGCUAGCGUCACCAUUCAAGCAAGAGCAGAGCAGGAGGAGGAAUUUAUCAGCAACACCUUGUUUAAGAAGAUCCAGGCCCUCCAGAAGGAGAAGGAGACCUUAGCAGUCAACUAUGAGAAGGAGGAGGAAUUUCUCACCAAUGAACUGUCAAGGAAACUCAUGCAACUCCAGCAUGAGAAGGCAGAGUUGGAGCAGCAUUUGGAACAGGAACAAGAGUUCCAGGUUAACAAGCUCAUGAAAAAGAUCAAGAAGAUGGAGAAUGAAACCAUCUCAAAGCAACUAACCCUGGAACAGUUGAGGCGGGAGAAGAUCGACCUUGAGAACACAUUAGAGCAGGAACAAGAAGCCCUGGUCAACAGACUGUGGAAACGCAUGGACAAACUGGAGGCUGAAAAAAGAAUCCUUCAGGAGAAGUUGGACCAGCCUGUAUCAGCUCCUCCCUCCCCAAGAGAUGUUUCCAUGGAGAUAGACUCGCCAGAGAACAUGAUGCGGCAUAUCCGCUUCCUGAAGAAUGAGGUGGAGAGGCUUAAGAAAAGCCUGCGCACCACUGAGCUGCAGCAUACAGAGAAGCGUGCCCAGUACAUAGAGGAGGAGCGACACAUGAGGGAGGAGAACAUCCGACUGCAGAGGAAGCUUCAGAGAGAGAUGGAGCGCAGGGAGGCCCUGUGCAGACAACUGUCAGAGAGUGAAUCCAGUCUGGAGAUGGACGAUGAGAGGUACUUCAAUGAGAUGUCUGCACAGGGCUUGCGAGCAAGGACUGUGUCCAGCCCUAUUCCCUACACCCCCUCCCCCAGCUCCAGCCGACCCAUAUCACCUGGUCUCUCAUAUGGCAGCCACACAGUUGGCUUCACCCCUCCAGCUACACUGUCCAGAGCUGCCAUCUCCCACUAUAACACUCCUGCCCUGCACGUCCACGGAAGCUCCUCUCACGCCGUAGCGAGGCCCUCCCCAAGAAGAAGCACCAGCCCUGACAAAUUCAAACGUCCAACGCCCCCACCCUCCCCCAACACGCACUCAGGGGCACAGCAGGCUCAGCCUCCGCUACCCCCACCAGCUCAGCCCAUGGUCCAGUCCAUGUCCUCCCCGGCAGCUAUGUCGCAGCAUGCAGCAGCAGCACAGCAGCCUCCCUCCCAGCCUUAACGCCACACACACAGUCUCUGUCUUUGCACGUGAGUGCGCCCACUGAAUGCCACGACGCUACCGCAACAGCAGCUUCCAUCAUUACCAGCUCUGGAAGUCAAGUUUCUUACUCUUUACCAACUCCACAAAAGAAGCAGCUUCAAAAGUUUUAGAGGGGAAAGAAACAAGAUGGCAGCUCAGUGAAGCUAGCCGCCUGCCAAAUCCACAUGUGGCGUUACUUAACUACUCUUAAAAGGAAUGGAUGGACAGAAAAAUAAUCGCUUCUGGGAUUUGUAGGCCAAUUAUCUGUUCCACCUUCUGUCUUGUACAUGUUAUGUUUUUGUUUUCUUUGCUUGGGACUUUAGCUGGUUGGAAUUGUUGUUGUGGCGCUUCUAAGAUAGCACAAACAGCACAUACAGUAUGUUUCAUGGUGGUGUUUUCUGAUAGGUUGGAUGUUUGGAUCAAUGGAUGGAUGUAUGGCUAAGGAAACAGAUGAAUUAAUAGAUGGAUGUGGUCGAUUCUUUUCAAGCCUAUAAUACGACACUCGAUUGCAGUAAUGUCCUCCACUCCAGCUCACCCCUCCUCCUUUUGUCUCUGAAGCAGUGUCAACAAUUCACCCCAACCCCAAAGUUUUAACAGCUAGGUCAGCAAGAGGUGUCAUCAAAGACUGCUAGGAGUUUCUCCAUUAUAGGGCAUUGAUCAAAUGGGGCACGUGCCACAGUUAUUUUAGUUUCUGAAAGCGUUCAAGGUUCUGCUGCUCUUCAGUUAAAGUGAAAAAGGAAAAAAAAAACAUCAAGGAGGACGGACGCUGG